AUGGAGCUCAAAAACCUCGUUGAAUUUAUGGGUGAGCACUGCUUCAAGCAGCUCGUGGUUGACCACAACUUCCUUGACGUGCCCUGCCUGAAGAUGCUGCUGAGCAAGUUCCUUAGCUUCGGCGUCGUGGCCGGUUCGCUGGUCUACAAGCUGCCGCAGAUCCUCAAGGUCCAGAACAGCAGGAGCGCCAAGGGCCUCGCCAUGCUCGGCGUUCUUCUCGAGCUCCUCUCGGUCACGAUCUCGUUCUCGUACAGCUACAGCAAGGGCUUCCCCUUCAUGACCUACGGCGAGUCGGUCUUCGUUGCCGGCGCCAACCUGCUCAUCAUCUGCCAGAUCCUCUCCUUCGAGCACGGCGGCGUUGGCUUCCAGGGCCUCGCUGGCAUUGCCCUCUACGGCGCUGCCGUGUACGCGCUGCUCGGCGGCUUCGUCCCCUUCUCCGCCCUCCAGAUCAUGCAGGGCUGCGUCACGCCCAUCGUGAUUGCCAGCCGCCUUCCCCAGAUCUGGGAGAGCUACAGGAACAAGUCCACCGGCCAGCUCUCCUUCAUCACCUGGUUCCUUAACUUCGGUGGUUCGCUGGCCCGCAUCUUCACUACCCUCCAGGAAAUCGAUGAUCCUCUUGUGCUCAUCGGCUACAUCGUGGGCGCCUCCCUGAACGCCAUCAUCAUCGGCCAGAUCUUCCUCUACUGGAACAACUCGGGUGCCAAGCCCUCCAAGCCCAAGAAGCCCGCGGCCAAGAAGCCCGCCACCAAGGCCGCCGCCGCCAAGAAGAAGAAGGCCAACUAG